UAUAUAUAUAAUUUAGGGAGUAUAUAGUGUAUGUAUAGGUGUUGUAGUUCAUCUGAAAUGGUGUUGUAGACUUGUAGUUCAUCUGGAAUGAUGAACUAGUCCUCUGCUUCUCCGCCUGCUUUUUUCCAGCAAGAUUUAUUUUAGGGUUUGGGCCUCGAUCCGUUGUUCAAAAUUCAGUUUUUUUUUUUUGAACUUUUGAUGCUUGAGAUUUGAGAAGAGCUGAGGAAUUUUGGGGUUGUUAAGGAUGAAGCGAGGGAAGCUCGACUCACUGAUCUCGGUGAGUCGGCUCAGAUCGAUUCAAGUGUUGAUGGGGCUACUGUUUCUGUACUUGCUGCUAAUGAGCUUCGAAAUACCUCUGGUUUUCAGGAGUGGAGUCGGGUUGGACUCGCCGGAGCUCCCGUUUCGGUCUCGGAGCUCGCUGCCAGUCCAUCUCCGGACGGAAACCUCGGUUUCUCGGCUUCCGACCAGGGCGACGCGCACACAAGAGACGACGCCGAGGAGAUUGGGGGAGUAUAGGAAGGUUUCGGGUUUGGUGUUCGACGAGAGCUCGUUCGAUAGUAUCGACAAGGACGAGUUCUCGGAGCUCCACAAAGUCGUUAGAGACGCAUUCGUGGCCGGAAAGAAGCUCUUUGAGGAGAUUGAAUCCGGGAAAGUUCGGACCGAGUUGGAGAAUCGGACUCAGAAGAAUCUCAACGAGUCGUGCCCUAACUCAGUGGUUUUGACAGGGCAGGAGUUCGUGGAGAGUAAUAGGUUGAUGGUGAUUCCGUGUGGACUGACCUUAGGGUCGCAUGUGACGGUGGUGGGGACACCGCGGUGGGCCCACUCCGAGAAGGAUUCGAGGAUUGCGGCGGCCAAGGACGGGGAGGAGACUGUGAUGGUUUCCCAGUUCAUGAUGGAGCUUCAGGGAUUGAAGACAGUGGACGGCGAGGAUCCUCCGAGGAUACUGCAUCUUAAUCCGCGGUUGAAAGGGGAUUGGAGUGGUAGGCCAGUGAUUGAGCAGAACACGUGUUAUAGGAUGCAAUGGGGAGCUGCAAUGAGGUGUGAUGGCCUGAAAUCCAAAGCUGAUGAAGAGACUGUUGAUGGGCAGGUGAAAUGUGAGAAGUGGAUUCGUGGUGAUGAUAAUCACUCUGAAGAAUCGAAGGCGACAUGGUGGUUAAAGAGGCUGAUAGGAAGGACGAAGAAGAAGGUGUCAAUUGACUGGCCAUACCCAUUUGCGGAGAACAAGUUGUUUGUACUGACAGUUAGUGCGGGUUUGGAAGGUUAUCAUAUCCAUGUAGAUGGGAGGCAUAUUUCUUCUUUCCCCUAUCGCACUGGGUUUACGCUAGAAGAUGCAACGGGAUUAUCACUGAAGGGGGAUGUGGAUGUGCAUUCUAUAUUUGCUGCUUCCUUACCCUCGACUCAUCCAAGUUAUGCUCCUCAGAGGCACUUGGAAAUGUUGCCAAGGUGGCGAGCCCCGCCUCUUCCUAUUGAACCUGUGGAACUCUUUAUUGGAAUCCUUUCUGCUGGCAAUCAUUUUGCUGAGCGGAUGGCGGUGAGAAAGUCAUGGAUGCAACAUGGAUCUAUUAGGUCAUUGAAGGUUGUGGCCCGUUUUUUUGUAGCAAUGCAUGGAAGAAAGGAAAUAAAUGCGGAACUCAUGAAGGAAGCAGAAUUUUUCGGUGAUAUUGUUAUAGUGCCUUACAUGGAUAAUUAUGAUCUCGUGGUAUUGAAGACUGUGGCAAUCUGCGAAUAUGGGGUCCGUACAGUCGCUUCAAAGUAUAUAAUGAAGUGUGACGAUGACACAUUUGUACGGAUAGAUGCUGUCAUGAAUGAAGUUAAGAAAAUUCGUCAUGGCAGAAGCCUGUAUAUUGGAAACAUCAAUUACUACCAUAAGCCACUGCGAAAUGGUAAAUGGGCAGUCACCUAUGAGGAAUGGCCAGAAGAAGAUUAUCCGCCCUACGCGAAUGGGCCUGGUUAUGUCAUCUCGUCUGACGUUGCAGAGUCCAUCGUCUCUGAUUUUGAGCAACAUAAGUUGAGGUUGUUCAAGAUGGAGGAUGUGAGCAUGGGAAUGUGGGUAGAGAAGUUCAACAAUUCGAGGUCGGUGGAGUAUGUACACAGCUUGAAGUUCUGCCAGUUUGGAUGCAUCGAAGACUAUUACACAGCGCACUAUCAAUCCCCUAAGCAAAUGAUCUGCCUCUGGGGAAAACUGCAAAGCCAAGGGAAAGCCCGCUGCUGCAACGUAAGAUGACAGUGGCUUGCUUACCUCCAUCAUGGCAAAAAGACAAUGGGGGGCGCACAGACAUUGUUUACGUAGGAAUUUGAAGAGGAAACCGAGGGGAAAGUUUCUGUGCGCUUGUACAUAUAGUUUGAGGUCGUUAGCGCCUGCCGCCUUAGUGACAAUUGUUUACCUGCUAAAUUCUUUCAUUACUUGCUUCACAUCAGCUGGGGCCAUAUUCUGUUGUUAUCAUUGCCUAGUUGAUUCUGGGAAUAUGUUCUAUGCCUAGUUGAUCCUGGGAAUAUGUUCUUGAGACUGUAUGGUGGUGGGACUUUUUUUUUUUUUUUUUUUUUUUUUGAAAUUUUCAGGUUGUGUAAUCUUUUAGUAUUGACAGUAGAGGAGAGCAGAAUGAAGUGAAAUUUAAAAUUGAAAUUGCAGCUGUAAAGCCA